AUGAGUUAACCGCGCAGGGAACCAACAAGAAAAUCAACUAACAGCUACAAGUAAAGUUAAGAUAGGAGUAUGGCAGAUGAAAAAGACCAGAUCUCCUCCAAAAAAACACCUCAUGAAUCUCUAAGAUCAGGAAGAAGUGGACCUCCUGUGCACAGAGUGGGAAAGUAAACUCACUUCUUGCCUAUAGUGAAGGAGACUAACGAGUCCAAGAUCAAGAAUUACUAUGACAGCUUUAUGCAAGAUCACUUUCUCUACGAUUCAAGCAACAAAUUCGCUUCAAAAAAAAUGAAACUUAGAUUGCAAAAGAUCUAACAGGAAAUCGCUUAGACUUCUUAGUCGACCCGAGUAUCUCCUAUCAGGCAAAGUCUGAACGGGUCUCAUAAAAUAAACACAAGUCAUGAAAUCUAAGCUGAAAUUGAAAAAGAGAGAAUACUUAGUACGACUAAAAUAAAUUUGAAUGAUAUCAGUACAUUCUACAUGAUAGACAAAAAUGAUUUUGAAAGAUCAACUAAGUUAGGCUAGAUAGAGACACCCAUAAAUGAAAACAUGCUAGACAAGCACAAGUUCCUAUUAGAUCCAUAGAAUCUGAAACAAUUCUCAGUAGGCAUAAUCUAGAAGAAGAUCUAAGACUUCCGCAAGAUUAAUACGAUUAACUAGUAUCAGCAGAUGGAGAACUAGCUAAAGAGACAGUUUAGCGAGUCAACUGAGCAGCAAAGCCAAUACAAUGAGGAUGAUGACAAAAUGUCUUAUGUGGAGAAGCGAAAGACCAUGAUGCUAAACCCCAUGAGAACAGGGGACAUUACAUUUACAGAGUUGCGAUGCAUUGACAAGAUGAAGACUAUGAAGAGAUGGGAAGAUGCUGAAAAUAUGGGAUUAUCAAGAGUGGAUUCCCUGGUUGAAAGUGUCUACAACAGUGAAAAGAAUGCAGUGUGGAGAAAUUACAAGCCAGAGAGCAGGGACAGACUAUUGCCUACGGAGGCAUCAGAUGAGGAGUUCGACAUAUUUGACAAGAGUGACACUGAAGAUGAGACUGAGAAUAUUAUAGAUGAUCCAGAAUUCACUUUGGUAGCAACUGCUGAAAAUCUUCAAGAAGAAAUUAAGCUAAAGAAGAAGUAAGAAGAACUGGAGAAGAAAAAACAAGAGCUGAUGAUAAAUGGAGGAAAGAACACUCCCAGAAACAAGAAGCACUUCUUUGCAUCAAGUGUAAAAAAUGGACUGACUCCUUAUAACCUAGAUAAAGUGGAAAUAGGUGGAAUGUAUAUAGCCUCGAUAAAGGAACACGGACCACUUGCAGUGUUGCUUAAAAGUCGUGAGCAAGCCAUGAGAUCUAACAAAAAGCUAAAGAACAAGUAUAUUACAGAAAUAUUUAGAUUCUACUGUAAUGAACUGCAAAUUGCUCCUGUCAAGUUUCUUAACUACUUCAGUGAUGGAAUCAUACAGCUGCACAAUUAUAACAUUUAACCAAAUCUCUGCAUUGCAAUUGCUUCUACUUUACCUUAUCUGAUUGAUUUGGAAGGACUUAAGUUUAAAAAUAAUGGCAUCAAGGACGAAGGAGCUGCUCUGCUUCUCAAGGCUUGCUCGCUCUGUCCUAAAUUUAAGAUAUUUCACUUUGAAAAGAAUGAGAUCAAUGAUGAAUUUGUCGAAGUUCUUACUGAACUUAUGGAAGAGUCCUCAGAUACCAUCCAAGAAUUGAGUUUAUCAAGCUCAAAGAAUGUUUCCAAAGUUAUAUCUAAGAUAUGUGAAGCACUGAGAGAUGACUACAAUCUUACAUACCUUGAUCUGUCUCAUAACAACCUAGACGCUAUUUCGACAAAGUACAUUGGAUAUCUUGUAAGAACCACUUAAAAUCUGCAGCAUCUGAAUCUAUCAUAUUGUGCAAUAAGAGGCCACUCAGCUAGAAUACUGCUGAAUUCACUGCUGCUUAACUAAACUAUAAAGUAUUUGAAUCUUUGUUGGAACUCAUUUUCAUCUUCUGACUAUGAGUUUGCCUCUAAACUUGCUAGAAUCAUAUAAGUACAUUAGAAUCUGAUUCAUGUUGACAUCACAUGCACCCAGUUGAAAAGAGAGGAAUGCAUGUUCAUAGCCUAAUGCCUUAAAGACUCAAACUAGAUUGUCAGCUGUCAUCUGACUGGCAAUCAUGUAGACUACUAUAGCAGAAUAUUCUUAAGAGCACAUCUGAAUGCUAUAGUGUAGUUCCCAAAUAAAAAUAGCACUGUUAUUCAAAACGUGGUAUUAGCACAUGAUAGAGCUUAGAUAGUUGGACUAAAUCAAAUAAUCUAGUCUAACUUCAUUAUUCCCAAGAUGCUGAUGCCCUAGCCAUAGCCAUAGCAAGAGUCUCGUGGGGAAUCUCAAUUCAAUUAUGUCAAGGGUAGUCAGCAGCUAAAAGUAGGAACUCAGCAUUCACAAAAAGAUACUUCAGUUAUUAACAUCUCUUUCAACUUGAACUCUGAGACAUCUGACUCAGAAAAUGAGGAAAACAAGAUACUGCCUAACGACCUGAAAGUAUACCUAAGAGAAGACUAAAAGAGGAUAUAUGACAUGAUCAACAUGAUAGAUGUAUAUGGUAGAAAGCAAAAGAAGUUUGAGAUGGUCGAGGAAUUUAAUACUAAGUUCAAGAAGAGCAUCAAUAAUAUCAUGCUUGAUGACGUGAACAAUGCACUCAGAGCAAAGCUAGCAAUAGAAGGCAGGGAUAAAAUGAAUGAGUCUCAGCAAAGCAAGAAAGGGCGCAUCAAGUCAGAGGAAACAGAUUUCUAGAAAGCACUAAAUGUGAUAUUUUAAGCCUAUGAUGAUAAAUUCCUGGCUAAUCCUAUGCAGGGAUUUUUGAAGGAUUUGAUAUUUGCAAGAUAUCUUGGUCAGGAUGAAAUUGAUAAUGGUCAUUAUUGGAGAGACUGCAAUCAAUGCUGGGUUUGUGAGAAAUGGGACAAGGUCAAGGUCGAGUUUUAGUUCUCAGACUCAAUCAUUGAUGCAGAGUUCUAAAAGAUUUAGGACCUUUUAUUAGUCUAGCAAGACAAUAUUGAUAACAAAGAGCUGAAUCCUAUUUGGGAGGAACAUCUGGAAUCUCUGGAUGACGAAUACGAAGCUAAGCCACAACCCUUGGAUAAACUUGAUUCUUCAAAGCGUAUUAUUAAGGAGUUUAGUGGCAGCGGUCAUCUGAAUCAUGAGACGCCAGGUCUUUCAAAUAAGCAGCCCAGAAAGUCAAAUAUCAUUGAAUCUCCUUUAGUCACUCAGGAAAAAAUGCAGAUCUAAACCUAGGAUGUGACUAUGUCCAACUCAAAUGACAAUGAGCCACAGAUAUAUGACUAGAACAUAGUAAGGAUAACUAAGGAUGGAGCAGUUAACUUGCAGCUAGAGGACUUUAAGGGCAAGACGCUCUACAACUCAAACAUUUUUCCAAUCAAGUUAAAUGUUGAAAAAAUAUAGAAGUAGAUCAUCCCCUUCAACAACAUGAACAGUAAUGAUAGUCAAGUGCUAUUGAAUCAGGGCUGUGUGCCUUAUAGACCAUUUCAGAAGAUUUAGCACUAAGCAAAAGAGACUCAUGUGAUUAAACUCCCAAAUAUCUAUUCAUCAAAUGAUAGAUCAAAGGACGAUUUAAGCUCAACAAGUCCAAACACUGGAGCUAAUAACUCAAGAUAGCCCAGCCGAGAUAAAAGACAAAGAAAUAUCUCUGAGAAGCAAAACAGCACUUACCAAAUCUCAAAAGCUCAAAAGCAUGAUGAAUUCCUAUAGAAUGCAAGGCUGCAGUCACCUCAGCUUUCCAAAAAGACUCCUCGAGUCAGAACUAAAAACGAAAUCCUCAAGAUGAAUGAAGAACUGGUCAGCAGCUAUAAGAAUCUGCCAGACACAGACGACGUCUUUUUAGUGGCUAGUUUCAAUCACUGGUUCCCAGUCAAGAUGGUAGUCAAAGCUAAGAAGAAAAUCCUGAUCAUGGAUGAGCAAGCCAAGAAGGAGAAGGUCAUAAAGGACAUGCAAAAUAUGCAGAAGGUCGAGAUGCCUCAAAGCAUUAAACGCAAACAUGAAAAGUCUAAGUCCAGACUGGCUAAGCUGGAAGGAGGUCCAACGAGGGAAGUGUACAGAACUAUUGAGAAGGAUGAGGAGCUCAAGUACGAGAACUAGAAGAUGAAGGUGGAGAGUCUGUUUCAGUACACCAACUUCCUGCCAAGCGGUAAGCACUUCUUCUACUUUAUCAAGAAGGGCAAGUACUUUUGUCUCUCAGACAAGUACAACAUCACCUAGUUCAAGAACACCAAUCUCUACAUGAACGAGAUUAUCAUCAACAAAAGAGAGUGGAUAAUUUCAGAUGUCUAACCAAGAGAUAAGGAUGGCAAGGGAGCUGCGAGCAAAUUUGACAAGAUGCGCUCUGUGUUUAGGAACUUCAGAGAAGACUCGGAGGAGACGCUAAGGAAGAUGUUUGAGCUAGAUUUCGCCUCGUCGAAGAUUAGCAGGAUUAUCAAGAACAAUGAUGAUGAACUGGGCUUAGUUAGAGAACUAAUUUGGAAUAACUAUAAUAAACUAAGACAGACAUUCUUAACUUUGAUUCUUACAUCUGAAUAUCCCAUCAUUACCUGGAACGACUUCACUAUAUUCUGCAACAAGUGCAAGGUAGUAGACAAGAUAUGCAACUUAUCAAUCAUAGACACAAUAUACAUUGCUACUAAUGUUUCUCUGAAUAACAACUAGAACUCAGAUCGUGAUUUGAGUAGAUUUGAAUUCUUGGAGAUCCUUCUACGACUUGCCAAUGAGAAAUACAAGAAGACAGGGGUGUUCAAUUCAUAUGCCCCAGCUCUCUAGAAAUUCCUGGAGGAAAAUCUAUAUCCUAACAUAGAGUGCACCGACCCUUGGGGGUUCAGAGAGACUCAGCUCUAUACUACAUUUGUGAACGAAUUAUUAGUAAGGAAUGACAUAGGCCUCAAGAAGCUAUUCGGACUAUACCAACAUGGCCAGAAGAGGUUUAUCAACUAUAAGGAUGCGAUUGAUCUCAUUAAUGUGAAAGCUGAAUUGAGAUUUCUGGAUAAGCAGGUCAUUAGGCAGUUUGGCUUAUCAAAGAUGUCACACAUGGAUGUGCUAAAAGACCCAAGUUUCCCUAAUAGAAUGAACUAUAUCGAAUUUCUGGAGUUCAUAGGCAGGAUAGCAUUUGAGAUAUUCAAGGAUCACAGUGAGAUGCAAAGCGAACCACUGCACAUUAAGUACGAUGCACUUCUGACAAAGUUGUUUAAGAUAGUAAAGUUCUAAAAGCAGUUCACAUACUUAGAGAGCAACAAAUAGAAUGUAGUCUAUGAAGUAGUCCUAAAUCCUUAAUUGGCUUUGACUGGUGGACUCGAAAGGCAACCUUCUAAUGAGAGAUUCGACGGAGAUAGAAACAGUGAUGCCUACUCACUCCCAAGUGGGAGAGUUAACUACUGA